CCGAUCAAGUCGUUGGGAUCGCCGCGUGGAGGUGCUCAAGCACUCCAGACUCUGCGCAGGCAAGCUGCAUUCACAUUCCCGAUUGCUUCUCCCUCGACUCGUGACUUGCACCCACGACUCGCACUUGCACUUCGGCUCGACUACAGUGACGAAGAGAGCAUCAUCAUCGGUAGAUAUCUCAGCGCCUCGUCAUCGAACAGCAACCACGCACCUCUUCACUUCCCACCUCCAGCAAUCCAACGCGCUGCAUCAAGAUGACUUCUCUGCUUCCCUACGACCUUCAAUCGCUCUUCUCUCGUCGAGAAGGUGCAUUGAAUUCUUCUCCCGCAGUAGGCUCACAGGCACCCUCUCUACCAACGGGCAUAGACUCUUGGCAAACACAAGGAGGCCCAGGAACUCUUGUAGCCUUCGUAAGACAUUGCGGUUGUCCCUUUGCAGAAGAGGAGGUCAAGAACCUGAUCGAAGCUUCCAAAACGAACCCUGGGCUCAGGGUGGUCGUCAUCACGCAUGCAGAGAGGGAUGUGGCCGAGAAUUGGUUCAGAGAAGUAGGACGUGACGAUUUCCCCUCGACGACGCACCCUAUUCUGAUCGAUGAUCCCUCUACACGUCUAUACGCAACCUGGGGCAUCGGCGAAUUGUCCUGGGGCGGUCUUUUCAAUCUGUCCAUGCUAUCUCGACUACGAGAGCUAGCUUCCACAAAGGGCAUUUCCAAUCGCAAGACGGGCAAAGGGAGUCAGAGGUGGCAGAAUUCGGGCGGAUUUGCAGUGGACAGGACGGGCAAGGUCACGUGGGCAAAGGUCGCCUCUGAUGCUGGCGACACUUGCGAUUACGUCAAGGCGGCUGAAAGCCUCAAAGCUUGAGACAAAGCAUGACGCUUUUGAUCCGACGUGCUGCAACUUUCUCCGAGCAAUCAACUUCUCCACAAUUUCCACUCGCAACCCAAACGCGCAUCAGCCAUCAUUCCGACUGCUCCCCAAGACCUUGCACUGUAUACUCAUAUCAUGCGCUACAGCACGUGAAUGCGUUCAAAAGACGAUUGUUUGCCCACGUAGCUGUGUAUGGAUAAGUCUAUAGGGAUAUGAAAAGCGGCCAGACACGACAAUCGUCGAGACGUAGCGUAGCACUUCACCG